AUGUCCCGGUCCCCGGGAAUGGCGUCACCCGGAGGAUACUCCUCCGGUAAUCCCUCGGGAAUCAAUUCCCCUAGCGUGCAUUCCGGAGUAAAGCGGCUCUCUGCAGAGGAUCGCCAACGGCUAGCUAAUAUGCUGCGCGCGCUGCAGCUGCAGCAGCAAGCGCACGCGGAAGCGCCCGCUCCCGCCUCCGCGGAAGCGAGCGCUGGCGCAAGCAGGCCGGCGGAAGGCGGAGCGGAACGUCCCGCGGAAGCUGGCGCAGAGAGGGGAGCGGAUAUGGCGGUGGAUGCGCCGGCGUGCGCGCAGGGGGGGGAGCGGGAGAGGCAGGGGCGCGACAUGGGGGGGGCGAAUGGGGAAGCAGCGGGGAUGUGGGGCGAAUCGCCGUCGUCGCCGUCGUCUCCUCCUCCUGGGGGCGCCAUGAGCCGCAAGGACAUUCUGGAAAUAGUGCGCAAGCAUUCAGGUGCGCUGGUGCGGCCAGCGGCGUCACGGGACGGGGCGGGAGCGGAGGCGGCGCAGACGGCGCUGAUGAUGGACCGGCAGUACUGGCGCGAGAUGGCAGACCUCUUCUUUGUGCGCGGCGUGCAGCUGAGGGGGGACGCAACCCAAGACGGUUCUUUCCGGGAUGUUGUGUUCUUCGUGAGGGACGAGUCGCCUGCAGCAACACCCCGUCAGGCAGGUGGUGGAGCCGAGGGCGCAGGGGACAUGGCAGGCAGGGGCGAGGGCAUGGAGGCAGUGGAGAGACGGCGGCCUUACUUCGCCAGACGCAGGCAGAGCAGCCUGGGGGAGAUUCUGGGCGGAAGUGGGGAGAGCAUAGACUGGCGGCGCACCUUCUAUCUGAACCUCAUCUGCCACACUGACUACUCCCUCACCAUCGCUGUCUGCAGUCGCACGGCCCUGGAGAACCAGAAGCGGUCAGGACGAGCCGUGCCGCCCAUAAUGAAGGUGACAAGGCGAGCAUACGCCUCCCCCAGUAGAGCCCUCAUCGACACCAGCCUUCCCCUGCCCCCAUCCACGUCACAGGACCCGGAGGUGACAGAGGCGUAUCCCAACAUCUGCUUCGCCAUAGACUCCUCUGACCGCGCCUUCGAGUCCGUGGUGCUCAAGGGCAGCGACCACUGCUUCUGUGUGCUGCUGAGUGCGCACAGGGGGGCGGCCUUCCCCGCCCAGGAUACUGUUGAGAAGACCCUCGCGGACGGGCAGCGCCGCGUGCUGCAGCGCGGCACCAGCAGCGAGGCCAAAGUGCUGGGAGAGGCGUCAGGCGAUGGACCCAAGAUCACACUCUUCUCUGGCUUUGUGAGCUACCCCAUGCUCAAGACCUCCUUCCAAGGUCUCUUCUCCAUGUUUGGAUCCACGUCCUCCUCCCCUAUGAAACCAGCCGGGCUGGUUCUCCGUGGCCCGGGGGGCAAAGGAGCCGCCAACCUUGCAGUCUGCCCCCUCCCCCUUCCUCCACUUCCCCCCAAGCCGCCACUCUCCCCUCGGCCCCCGCUCGCCCCCAAACCCCCUCUCUCCCCCCGGCACCCCUCUCGGACCCACACGUCUCGGCCCUCCCACUCUUCUCACUCUCAGCCGUCCUCUCGGUUCCAACUCCCACCAUCCCAGCAGCCUCUUUCCCCCUCGGCCCGCUCCCAACAUGCUCCUCCCUCCCUCUCCUCCCCCACCCAUCCCAACUCCCCCCCACCGCAACAGUCACCUACCCACCCUUCCCUCCUGUCUCCAACCAGCCCUCCCCAGCCAUCACCCACCAGCCCAUUACACCCAAACCGCCCCCAACCGCCCAAUUGCCCUCCAAAAUCCAACCACUCGCCAUCACAGAAUAACCCAUCCGCAUCCGGCCGUCCGUCCAGCGUUCCGGUGCAAUCCGGCCGUCCAUCGAGGCCGUUGCAUCGGCGCAUGCCGUCGCUGCAGGAGCUGCAGAGCAAGCUAUGGGCAGUGCAAGCAGAGCUCAUGGACCUCCUGGAGUUAGAGGCCCAAUCUGCUGCCAACACUGUCGCCGCCGCCGCCGCUGCUGCUGCCACUGCUUCUGCCACUGCUUCUGCUGCUGAUGGUGGCGCUGGUGGUGUGGCAAAAUCUGCAACACGCACCUUCCAGCAGCAAAUCCCCUCCGCCCUUCCCCCAGCAAAGCCAGCCAAGGAGGAGGCACGGAGGCUGCGGCUGCUGGAGCUACAGGGGGAGCUGCGGCUAGUGCAGGAGCAGCUGCAGAUGCUGCAGUCUCAGAGCAAGGGCAAGCGCCCGCACCCCUCUGAUCACCACCACCGGCAGCGGCCCCCUCCAUCCCGAUCCAUGCAGGCCUCACGGGGGAAAGCCAGAGGGCCUGGUGCCGCUGGUGCUGGCAGUGCUGGGGGUGUUGGUGGUCCUGAUAGCGUUGGUGUAAGAGGAAGUGGCAGCAACGGUGGGGAAGGAGAGGAAGGGGGGCGGGAGGGGAGUGAGAGCAGUGGCGGGUCGUCGAGGCUGCUGCAGCGGCCAGUAGUGGCUUCCCCGCCAGUAGCAGGCACCCCUCGAAGAGCCAUGGUGCAUCAGGAUGGAAACAGCCCCACUGCCAGACACCCACAUGGCCACACUGCUUCAGGUGGAAACUCAGGAGAAUCACCUGAAGGAUCACCUGGUGGCCGUAGCUCAGGUGGUAGCAGCAGCAGACCAGGCAGCAGCAGGGCAGGUGGCAGCAGUCGUUCCCUUGGACCUGCUGGUGCUGGUGGUGGUAGUGCGGGUGGUCUUGCUGCAUCGUUGCUGCAAGGAGGGAUCGGUAGAGCAGCAGGAGUAGUGAGAGAGGAGCCUCUGCGGUGCUGCCUGGCGUCUCUCUCCCUGCCUUGGGAGUCACUUGCCUUUGACCUCCUCUUCAAGGAAAUGCCAGUCAAGGUGGACAUUGGUGGUCGGAUUUUUCCCCCUCCUCGGAAUCCUCCCAGCGCAGAAGACUUUUGA